AUGAAUCUCAUGAAUUCUGUAGAAAUCUUCACGAUUGAAAGCAAGUUGGAGAGUAUUUGUCCGUACUACAACGACAUGAAUGCGCUUUUUGUCGGACGCCAGAACUUUCGACCAUCAUUUGUGUUAGAAACGAACAAUGACAUCGUCGAUGAGUCGGGUGAUUGUGACGAAUCCUUCAUGUACGACAACAAGACAAAUGGCAAUGCCGGGGUUACUGAGGACAGCGAACCAAUAAUAGAGCACGACCCUGACGACCCCGACAACGACGAGUACUGGGCAGACAACGACGCCCAUGACCCUGGCCGCCUUGCAGCACAAACGACGAGCCCGAUGGCUGAUAUCAACGUGCACGGACCCGUCGGCUCUAACGAUGCGCCUGGCAAAGGGCCCGGGACCACCAGCGACCAUGCCCUGCCCGCCAAAAAGGACAUUGUUGCACGCAUUCAACGCAACGCCCACAGCGCUGCUUCCUCGCUGCCUUCUCGUCACUUCCCCGCAACGGAAAAGCGACUCACACCACGAAAGUACUUCUCGUCAAUCUACAUGGACGUGCAAAGUCAGGUGUGUUCCCUCGAAUGCGAGAAAUUCGAGUACAAAUAA